AUGAACCACCUCCGAGCGUUCACCAGAUCAAUCGGAUUCCUACGCCAGCUCACCUUGUCUCCCAAGUCCCUCUCCGCACUCUCUCCGUCUCUCCGGACGAACCCGUUCCACCUUACAAUCCAACCGACCAUCCCCAAACGCACAAUGGCAUCUGCAAUGGCAAAGCGCCUCGAGGGCAAGACGGUCGUGGUAACUGGUGCUUCGGCGGGAAUUGGUAGAAGCACUGCGAAGGAGUUUGCGCGAACGUCGCCCAAGAACUUGAAGAUCGUUGUCACGGCUCGCCGCAUUGACUCGUUAAAUGAACUUGCUCAGGAGAUUAAGGAGGAGGUUGGUGAGGGUGUUAAGGUGUUGCCAGUGAAGUUGGAUGUUAGCAACCCAGAGGAAGUUAGGGGUUUUGUGUCGGGUCUUCCGGCGGAGUUUCAGGAUAUUGAUAUUUUGGUUAACAACGCCGGCUUGGUCAAGGGCGUCGCCAAAGCUCCGGAUAUUGACCCUCAGGACAUCGAUACUAUGCUUAGCACAAACGUCACUGGCUUGAUCAACAUGACCCAGGCAAUCCUGCCCAUUUUCAAGAAGAGAGAAGAGGGUGGUCGUGGAGACAUUAUCAACAUUGGUAGCAUUGCUGGUCGUGAGGCGUACCCCGGUGGCAGCAUUUACUGUGCCACCAAGGCUGCCGUCAAGUCUUUCACGGAUGCGCUCAGAAAGGAGCUUAUCUCGACGAGAAUCCGUAUUAUUGGCAUUGACCCUGGUCAAGUGGAGACGGAGUUCUCCGUUGUGCGGUUCUAUGGUGACAAGCAGAAGGCUGAUGCAGUUUAUGAAAACUGCGAACCGCUCACCCCGGAUGACAUUGCCGAAAUCAUUGUGUUUGCUGCUGGACGUCGGGAGAAUGUCGUGAUUGCCGAUACGUUGAUCUUCCCGAGCCACCAGGCAUCCCCCACUGCGGUGCACAAAAGGGCUUAA